AUGGUCAACUUUGACUCAGAGCGACAAUCGGACAACGAAACGAGCCGUAAAGUCAUUUCCCGCUUUGCCAGAGCGUGGCGUCAACCACCCCCGAUCGAACAGACUCCAGCACCGAUUUCUCUGCAUAGUGUUCAAAGUCAUCCUGUAGGCGAAGUUCGGCACGAACCCAUACUACACCUAUCUAGGGCGCUCCAGUCCUUGAUUGGAACGCCUGCAGCUCAUCUAGUACACUGGCCAGGGCUGUCCAUAUAUUUCAAUCACCUUGAAUCCAAUUUCCUGGUCUUGUUCGACCCUUGUUUCAACAUCCUUUGGUUGCUGUUGGAUUACGAUAUCCCGGCAACCGCAGUUGGGGCAUGGAACUGGUGCCUCGCCGUCAUUGACGCUUAUGACUCUUUUGGAGAUCAGGACCCAAACAUCGAAACUAUUUACAGACGGAUACUACAAACAGCACAGGGCCAACUAAAUCGAAAGACGAAUGCACCCACACCAUCAGAGGACGAAAAGUCGUAUGUUUUCCAAGCAAUUUUCGCGGUCCUCUGCUGGACAUCGGGAACUCUGGAACCCCUGAUCGGAGGCAAGGCUCAACAUGUGCCUCGUACUUCUUUAGACCAGAACUCUUAUGACGAAGACACUGUUACACCAGGCACCGCGGCCUAUCCUUCGCUGUUAGCGCAGAGUUGCACUAAGAUUUACUCAUCAAAUGAAUUGCGGCGACCUACAAGUAAAAUGUUCUAUGCGUAUCAGUCCAGGGCAGACGACAUAGAUGCUUUCAACAUGAACCCAGAUGGCUUCACAGAUUCUCCUCACACCCCUAGACCAAUCAUGGAAGACAUGCUUUAUGAGCCUAGCCUCAACUUCGCAGCUUUGUCUAUCAUCGGUCGCGUAAGCAUUAUGUGGGUUGAUACCAUAUCAGCGCAUCUCUACUUCGACAGGGCGUCGCGGCAAUUAUCAUUGUAUCGGUUUCCCUCGCUUUGUGCUAGCAAAAUACUCUCGAAACAGAAAGCUUCUGUUCUUAGCAGUAUUACAACGAGUGUUUUACCGUCGCAAUACGGCGCCUCGUCGCCCAGGGAACCCGAUUCUGUUCACCGGGAGUUACUGCUGUCUUACAGGCUGUUGUUUGGUCAGUCCCGAAAAGCUCGGAAACUGAUCAAAUCCGUACUCGAACACGUAUCCAAACAGCCAUACAACAAAUAUCAUGUGCAACAGGACCCGGAAAAUUCAAGAAAGGAACAGAAAUGUGAUCCCCUCCUCGGUAUUCUCUGCACUGCGCCUCUUAUUACAGGCCCAACCUUUCUUGGAUUUCACCUUGGUCGACGUAAGGAUCCUCGGUUCCAAGGUUGCAUUUUUCCGUCAUCAGUAGUCGACAUCAAUAGCGAGCUCAUGGAAUCGGAUACAUAUUCUGCCCAAGACGAUUUCCCUACUUUUGGUCCCCGGCUCCUCGCAUUGCAACGGUACAAUAUGCGCCGCCAGCCUAGCAAAGUUACUGAUCUGUGGCUUGGAAAGACCAUGUCAGGGUCCCGGUAUGCGUACAUCAAAGGGGCCAGCAAGACAAUGUUCACUUGGCCGGAGCUACUGUUUCAAGUCUCCGUUAACCCUGUCGAAGGCUCCUGGCUGUGA